AUGAAGAAAGAAUGGGCAGAGAUCAUUUCAAACCCUAUUUUCUUUAAUGAAGAUUCUCAAAGAGUCUUUGAACAUGAUAACUUGCCUGUGGUGAAGGAUGAACUUUCUGUGACAUUGCGUCUAAAACUUCAGAGUCAUACUUCCCAUUGGGCCGUUAUUUUUCACAAAGGUACUGAAGGUAUGAUCCGUACGCCUAGGCUCGAGUUGAUACCAAAUAAAUCCUCGUUACAUGCUCGUUUCACAGGAAAAUUGGAUAAUAAUUUAGGAAUUAAUGAGCUCGGCGACGGACUUUUGUUAGGCAAAUGGUAUCAUGUGACUUAUACGCUUUCCGAUUCAGAAAAGAGAUUAGACAUCUACAUUGACGGUGAAUGGUUCGGUUUCUAUGGCAUCCAGAACGUUCAAACGGAAAAAGUUGUUUUCAAUGACGGUCCACUUUAUAUCGGACGUCCUUUCAGCUCACACUAUGGGUUCAUUGGCGAAAUUAG